GCGGUCCCCAAGGAGUUAUAUUUUCAUGAAUAAGAAGAAGAAGAAGAAGAAAAAUAAUGGGGAGGCGUUAAAAGUAUCUAAUUUACCAAUGGGAGAUCAGAAGAAUCCAAGACUUGGUACCAGUCCUGGUUCUGAAGGAGGAGAAAAGAGGGAAGUACAGAACGCGCAUCAAAAAUCUAAUUUUUAUGGUUCGUUUCCCAAAUUGAGAAGGCCAUGUUUAGUAGUUAUACAGGGCGAGGAAGCGUACGGAGCAGGUGGCGGAGAUGGGCAGCUGCAGCAAUGCUAGAGCAGGGGCGGUCCGCAAUGGCGGCUCCAGUCUACUGGAGAUACUGAACGUGAGGGUGGUGGGCGCCGGUGAGCGGGUGGUGGUGCUGUCGCACGGCUUCGGCACGGACCAGUCGGCUUGGAGUCGCGUGCUGCCUUACUUGCAGCGCGACCACCGCGUCGUCCUCUACGACCACGUCUGCGCUGGCAGCGUCAACCCCGAUCACUUCGACUUCCGGCGCUACACCACCCUCGACGCCUACGUCGAAGACUUGCUGACCAUUCUCGACGCCCUCGGAAUCGACCGUUGCUUCUUCGUCGGGCACUCCUUCUCCUCCAUGAUGGGCAUCCUCGCUUCGAUCCGCCGCCCUGAGCUCUUCCUCAAGCUCAUCCUCAUUGGUGCCUCCCCUAGGUUUUUGAACGACGAGGAAUACCACGGAGGCUUCGAGCGGGAUGACUUCGACAAGGUGUUUGCGGCGAUGGAAUCGAACUACGAGGCCUGGGUGCGGGGCUUCGCGCCGCUAGCUGUGGGAGCGGACGUGCCGGCGGCCGUUCAAGAGUUCAGUCGGACGCUAUUCAACAUGCGGCCGGACAUCUCGCUGUUCGUGUCGCAGAUGGCGUUCAGCAUCGACCUACGUGGUGUGCUGGGCCUGGUAACCACUCCUUGCGUCGUUGUUCAGACAGCCAAGGACGUCUCCGUCCCUCUUUCCGUCGGCGGCUUCCUGCGGGACCACCUCGGCGGCCACACCAUCGUCGAGUACCUCCCCGUCGAGGGGCACCUCCCCCACCUCAGCGCUCCUGCGGCUCUCGUCCAUGUUCUCCGCAGGGCUAUCACCUCCCCCUGAUCCUCUCUCCCUCCCCUGAUUUAGCUCACCGCGUCCGCUUCCGAGUCAACUCGCCAGGCCGGCGAUGAAACGGGGAGAGUAAUAAAGUUGAUUCGUCCCUUUCGGUACCAUAAAAGAAGACAAACGCACCAACCGAUUAUAGGACAUCCUCCGUCUUUUUCUUUUUUCUGUUUUUUCCCCCUUCGUUUUGAUGUUUGGUGUUUGUUUUUUUGGGUAAGAAUUGAAAUAUUCAGUUGUUAAUUAGAAUUUGAUUAUGAAAUGGCAGCGGUU